AACCCAAUCAAUUUUGCAUUUCUGCAACGGAGAAUGAAGAAUGAAGGAAUGGAGAAAAUGAAAUUCGCAGAGGAAUUAGUGAGAGAAUUCCUCGUCUUCAGAGGAUUCACCAACACUCUGCAAUCCUUCGAGAAAGAGCUAGCGACUGAUAUCGGCAAAGGAUUCCAAGUCGACAAGAUUUUAGACCUAAUUUUCUCCGUCUACAUCCCCAAGUUCGAGGCUGCCAAGUUGAUCGAGCUGCUGAGCUUUUUCCGAAACUGCUUUUCAUAUUCUGAUCCCAAUCUGAUCGAUGUUAUUUCGAAAUUGCACCAGUCGAUUCUGCGCUAUUACGUCGUGUAUGCCUUGAAAUGUGGAAGGAAAGACGCGGUGUUGGAGCUUUUCAGAGAUUUCGGGAAUGAAUUGAUGCGGGGAGAUGAAAGCUGGACCUCCUGGUUCGCUGUUCCGUAUUUCCAGAAUCCGCAUUUGGAACCGCAGUUUCGCGUUUACUUCUCGGACGAGUGGUUCCGAACGUUGCACCUUUCUGUUAGGAACUUCUUGAGCGAGAUGCUCAAUGCUUAUCCACGUACCCCUGCCUUAUUAAAGAUCGGUUCUGAAAGAGAUACUGUGAACCGUCUCAAACAAGAGAUAAAGCAACUUUCUCUCAAGUUAUCUCAAGCUCAAACUCUGUUGGAAGAAACUGAGGCGCAAAUAUGUCUAUUUAGGAGCUCUGAAGCAGUUAGCAUUGCACCUAGUAUGACUUAUGAAACUCAUGCUAGUUUAAAUGAACAUGCUGAUGACAAUAGAAGUAAUGAUAUUGGCCAAGGUUUCAAAGAAAACUCUGUUGCAGGCAGUAGUUCUGAUUUGCAUAAUGAAGAAGAUUUUCCAGAAGUGAAAACAGUGUUUGAGGAUACAUUUCUGGGCCACACAAGUCCAAUCAAUUGUAGCCGCUUUUCUGCUUCUGGCGAUAAUAUAGCGAGUGCUUCUGUGGAUGGCACAGUCAGGAUAUGGACCUAUGAUUCGUCAGCACCAACAUCAAGAAACGCAACCAUCUACUGUGGAGCUGAGAUCAUGUCUCUUGAGUGGGAUUGCAAAUCUGAUCGUUUGCUACUCAUAGGCACUUCUGAUGGAGGCAUAAAAGCAUGGAAUGUAGAUGCUAAGCGGGUUGUUUGUGACCUAAACACUUCAGAAGCAUAUCCGAGCAUUUUGGACCUGAAAUGCAGUCCCGUGGAGCCUAUUUUUGUUUCUGCGGCAGCAUCAGGAAGGCAAGGUUCUGGUUCUUCUGAUAGCUUGGGGUUUGCCUCAUUGACUGUAUGGAACAUGAGGACAUGGAAGGCUAUGACAGUCCUUCCUCUAGGAAAAGAUCCACCAGCAAUAACCUCAUUGAGCUUCAAUCACAAUGGAAAGCUUUUAGCAGCUGCUGCAACGGAUGGCUUGAUUCAUAUGUUUGAUAUGUCUUCUUACCAACAAGUUACUGGAUGGCCUGCACAUGAUUGCGGAAUUAGCUCAAUUCUUUUUGGGCCCGACGAGACCAGUAUCUUUAGCUUGGGAACUGAUGGAAAUAUAUUUGAGUGGAGCUUGCACAAUCAAGGCAAAGUACUUUGGUCAAGAAAUUGCAGCAGGUUUUGCAAUCUUGAAAAUUCUUCCCAGUGGAGACAUCAAAUGGCGUUAGAUUCCGAGGGGAGGAGACUUCUGGUGACAUCUAGUUCAGAGAGAUCACCGAUAUACCAGGUUCGUGGUCGAAUGAGUGGCAUGAGAAGUCUUGCUCAUAAGGGAUCGAUCACAACAGUAGAUUGGCAUCCACACUUGCCCAUCUUCUUGACUGGGUCAUCUGAUCACUCUGUCAGGGUCUCAUCAAUAUCAUCAUAGUACUUUUUUUCUUUUUUUGUUUGAUACUUGGCAAUGCACAGCACAGACAUAUUAAUAAUUUAAUUUAUUGUAUUAUUAUUUUUA